CCUGCUCUCACCGGGCCCGGGAUGGCGCCGCGGCUGCAGCUGGAGAAGGCGGCCUGGCGCUGGGCCGAGACGGUGCCGCCCGAGGCCGUGACGCAGGCGCACAUCGAGGCCGCCUACCGCGUCGGCCUGGAGCCCUGUCAGCGCGGGGCCUGCAGGAGAAACUGCCGAGGGAACCCAAAUUGCCUGGUGGGGAUUGGUGAGCACAUCUGGCUGGGAGAAAUCGACGAAAACACCUUUCACAACAUCGACGAUCCCAACUUUGAGAGGAGGAAAAAGAAUGCCUUUGUGGGUCUGACAAACUUGGGAGCUACCUGCUACGUCAACACUUUCCUACAGAUGUGGUUCCUGAAUUUGGAGCUUCGCCAGGCGCUCUAUUUGUGCCCAAUUGCCCGCCCGGAAUACGUGACGGCAGAGGGCUCUCCAGCAAACAAAGAUUAUGAGCCUCAAACCAUUUGCGAACACCUCCAGUACUUGUUCGCCUUGCUGCAGAACAGCCGGCGGCGUUACAUCGAUCCGUCGGGGUUUGUUAAAGCCCUGGGUUUGGACACAGGUCAGCAACAGGAUGCACAAGAGUUUUCCAAGCUCUUCAUGUCUCUAUUGGAGGACACCCUGUCCUCACAGAAGAACCCGGACGUGCGGGACAUUGUUCAGAAGCAGUUCUGUGGAGAGUACGCCUACGUCACGGUGUGCAACCAGUGUGGUAGAGAAUCCAAGCUCAUGUCCAAAUUCUAUGAGCUUGAGUUGAACAUCCAGGGCCACAAACAGCUGUCAGACUGCAUCACAGAGUUCCUGAAGGAAGAAAAACUGGAAGGGGACAACCGCUACUUCUGUGAAACCUGCCAGAGCAAGCAGAACGCCACCAGAAGGAUCCGUCUCUUGAGUCUUCCUUGUACCCUCAACCUGCAGCUCAUGCGCUUUGUGUUCGAUAGGCAAACAGGCCACAAGAAGAAGCUAAACACUUAUUUCGAGUUCUCCGAAGUGCUGGACAUGGAACCGUUCUUGGAAGACAAAGCCAGCGUCUUCGUCUACGAGCUCAGUGCAGUUCUGAUCCACCGUGGCGUGAGCGCCUACUCGGGCCACUACAUCGCCCACGUGAAAGACCCGCAGACGGGAGAGUGGUACAGGUUCAACGAUGAAGAGAUCGAGAAGAUGGAAGGCAAGAAGCUUCAGCUGGGGGCGGAGGAAGACUUAGAGCCUUCUAAAUCCCAGACGCGGAGGCCCAAGUGCGGGAAGGGCACGUACCGCUCCCGGAACGCCUACAUGUUGGUGUACAGGCUGCAGACGCGGGAGAAAUCGCUCACUGUUGAAAUCCCAGCUUUUCUACGAGAACUCGUAGAGCGGGAUAACAGCAAGUUUGAGGAGUGGUGCGACGAAAUGUCCGACAUGCGCAAGCAGAGCGUGGCCCGGGGCAAGAUCAAGCACGAGGAGGUGAAGGAGCUCUACCAGGAGUUGCCCGCCAAAGCUGGCUGCCCCUAUGACUUCGUGCCCUUGGAGUGGCUGCAGCAGUGGCUGGAGGAAUCGACGCCCCCCAAGCCCAUUGACAACUCAGCCUGCUUGUGUCCGCACGGCAGGCUGCACCCGGAUAAAAUCCCCACCGUCAAGCGGGUCUCCGAGUACGUCGCCGACUAUUUCUACAAGCGAUACGGAGGGGGGCCCCGGCUGACGGUGAAGGCGCUCUGCAGGGACUGCGUGGUGGAGCGGUGCCGAGUCCUGCGGCUGAAGAACCAGCUCAAUGAGGACUACAAGGCCGUCUCCAACUUGCUGAAAGUGGCCGUCAAGGGGAACGACGGGUUUUGGGUCGGGAAGUCGUCCUUGAGGAGUUGGCGUCAGCUGGCCUUGGAGCAGCUGGAUUACCCAGACGAGGACGGGGACCAAAGCAACGGCAACAUGAACGGCGAUGCCAAGAGCAAAGAUGAAUCCGGCACGGAAAAGCGAGAGGAAGAGGAGCUGAAGUUCAACGAGGACAUCGUUUGCCCCCACGGCAGCCUGUGCAUCUCGGAGAACGAGCGGAGGGUCAUUUCCAGAGAGGCCUGGGAGAAGCUGCAGUGUUACUUCCGCAGCGCCCCGGAGUUCCCAAACAGCCGAGACUCCUGUUCCCAGUGCAAGAUUCUGGAACGGGAAGGAGAGGAGAACGAAGCCCUCCACAAGAUGAUGGCCGGCGAGCAGAAGGCGUCCCUUGCAAACCUCUUCCAGGACAAAAGCCGCCCGUGCCUCAGCGCCUGGCCAGAGGAGGUCGGGGAGCUGUACGUUGUCUCCAGGUUCUUUGUGGAAGAGUGGAGGAAGUUUGUGAGGAGGCCAACGCGGUGCAGCCCCGUCUCCUCGGUAGGGAACCGGGAUCUCCUCUGUCCCCACGGCGGCUUGAUGUUCACCUUCGCGUCCAUGACCAAAGAAGACUCUAAACUUAUAGCUCUCAUAUGGCCCAGCGAAUGGGAGAAGAUCCAAAAGCUCUUCGUGGUGGACCACGCCAUCAGAGUCAUCCGGAGGCGGUCCGCCGAGGCCGGCACCGAGAGCCUGCCCUACAUCACUGAGCCCGAGCUGUGCUCGGACUGCAGGGAGGGCCUCCUGUGCCAGCAACAGAGGGACAUGCGGGAGUACGCCCAGGCCACCAUCUACGUCCGCAAAGUGGUGGACAACAAAAAGGUCAUGAAGGAUGCCGCCCCAGAGCUCAACGUGAGCAGCUCAGAGGCGGAAGAAGAGAGGGAGGAGGCCCGGCUGGAAGGGGAGCAGGACCCGGAUUUUAACCAGGCCAACAGCAACGCGAAACGCCAAAAAGUGUCGCACCCGACCUACAUGGUCUACCAAAAGCAGGGGAUCCGGCGGAGCACCAGGCACCGGAAGGUCCGUGGGGAGAAGGCGCUCCUUGUCUCUGCCAACCAGACGCUGAAAGAUCUGAAGAUCCAGAUCAUGCACGCCUUCUCCGUUGCGCCGUUCGACCAGAACCUGUCGAUCGACGGGACGAUCCUCACCGACGAUUCGGCCACCCUCGGCAGCCUCGGGGUCACUCCAGAAUCCGUUGUCCUGCUAAAGGCCGACGAGCCCAUUGUGGACUAUGCAGCAAUAGACGACGUGAUGCAAGUCUGUAUGCCUGAAGAAGGAUUUAAAGGGACUGGUCUCCUCGGACACUAACCCUUUCGACAGCUCCUGCCUGCGUCAGAAGUAGCCCGGCUGGGGGGAUGCGUUUGGGAACUGGCUGGGCGUUCCGGGGCAAGUGGACCUGAAGGCCAGCCGCUCGGCCCCUCCCGUCGGCGGGGCUCCGUUCUGAAGGACUGCCCCAGAUGCCUUGCGUCAGAAUGGACCGUGCUGCAGCUUCAGAGGGACUCCUGAGGAGGGCGGCUCUGGCUUUGGACCCCCCCCCCUUCACCACCAAGGUGGAGCGUUGUCUAGCAGUCAGGAACGGAUGACACCUUGGGCCACCUUCUAGCGGAGGCGGACGAGGGACGGGGGCUGCUUCCACUGCUGUUCAUUGCUUUUCACCCCUCAAGCCUUCUCUUUCGAAAUGGCUGUCGUCGAGGCCUACACCCAGCAAUUUAGCAGGGUCUGGGGGCUCUCACAGGGCUGUGCUUCCAGCAUCUUCGGGCCUUGGUCGCUCGUGCAGUUCGAAACGUCCAGCUUUCCCCACGUUUCGUAGGCGCCCCCUUCCCCUCCUGGAGUGAAAGCCACGACACACCUGCAGAAAGAGCCCUUCCAUCACCUGAGUGGCCGGGGGGGAAGAGGGUGGCAAUUAUUCGCAGCCUCUUCAUCCGUUUGCACCUGCCCUCUUUGCUUCCAGUAUCUUCAGGUGGUCUCUGAUCAUCACCCUGAACUUCCUCUGCAGGGCAACUUAGUUCUGUUCCUUUCAACAACUUCCUCCAGGAGAGAGGGGUGGGCGUAGGAAUGGCGGGCCCACUGUGACGCUGUGCAGGGGCAGCCGAAGAGUUUCCGGUCUCGGGACUUUGUACCAGCUUCGCUCCCGUUGUCCUGUGCUGAAGUGAAAGCCAGGGGUGUGGCGCGAGGAGGCGGCGGUGGGCGUCCUUCACGCUGGGCUGCCUGCCUGCCUACCUCUCGGUUGCUUCGAGGGGGCACUGUGCACCAACAGCUUCCUUAGACCUUCAGGAACCGUCUCUAAAAGGGCUUUUUCUUGAUCUCUGCUCAACCA